GUAAAUCUACCUCAUUUGGGUAUCAAAGACUUGCCACACUCUGCACAUUUUGUUUAUCGUUAAAUACUUUGAUGGGGCUGCAGCAAAGAAUGAGGUCUACAGUGCAUCCAAAUGGGGAAGAUCACAUUUUUUGAGGAGAAGAAAUUCCAGGGUCGCUGCUACAACUGCAGCAGCGACUGCGCUGACCUGCACACAUACUUCAACCGCUGCAGCUCCAUCCGAGUGGAGAGCGGCGUGUGGGUCAUCUAUGAGAAACCCAACUACAAGGGUUUCCAGUACGUCCUCAGCCCAGGGGAGUACGCCGACAACCAGCAGUGGAUGGCCUUCAACGACAAUGUCAAAUCCUGCCGUACUGUCAAAAAUGUCUACGGUAGUGCAUGGAAGCUGAGGCUGUACGAGAGGCCGGACUUUGGUGGGCAGAUGGUGGAGUGCUCUGACGACUGCCCAUCGGUUUACGAUACCUACAAGAUGCGCGAGGCCUACUCCUGUGUGGUGACAGAUGGUGCCUGGGUAUUCUACGACCUCCCCAACUACCGUGGGCACCAGUACCUCCUGGAGCGGGGCGAGUACCGGCAGCACAGCGACUGGGGGGCAUCUUCACCUGGCGUCGGCUCUUUCCGCAGGAUCACAGAGUUUUGAUUAACAGUCAUAAUUAAAAAGCGAUGCACAUGACAAUCAAUAAAUGAC